AUGACACAAGGCUUACCUCAGCAGCAACCUGCUGCUGCUGCUGCAGCAGCAGCAGCCCCAAGCGCUGCUACUGUCCCUUCUCCUGCUACUGCAGCAGCAUCAGUACCAGCAGCGCAACCCGUAGCAGCAGCAAUACCUGUAGCUGCAGCAGCAGCGCCACUACCAGCGCCUGCAGCAGCAGCAGCAGGACCAUCAUCAGUUACACCAGCAGCAACGCUGGCAGCAGCAGCUCCAGCAGCAGCAGCGGAUAAAGGCGGAGUUGCACCUCCAGCAGCAGCAGCAGCAUCUCCAGUUGCAGCAGCAGCAGCAGGAGGUCUGUCUGUGCUGCCAGGUGUCCAGACAGCUCCUUUAUCAGCAGCAAAUGCUGCUGCUCCUGUUGCUGCAGCAGCAGCAACAGGGAGCGGCAGUCUAGUUAGUACACCUGGUGUUGCUGCAGCAGCGGCCCCUCCAGCAGCCUCAGCAGUAACACCAGCAGCAGCUACAGGUGCAGCAGCAGCACCAGGAGCAGCAGCAGCACCAGGAGGAGCAGCAGCAACAGCAGCAGCAGAAUUAAGCGAACGUCUUGCUCUGUUUGGUGCUGCUGUUGCUUCUGCACAGAGGGGCCUCCAAGGUUUGUUUGCUCCUGACCCUAGCAGCAGCAGCAGCAGCAGCAGCAGCAGCAGACCUGGUGUGUCCUUAGCAGAUUCAUCUAUGUCUAUGUGUGGCCCUGCAGCAACAGCAGCAGGUGUCUUAGGGGCAUCUACAGCUCCCCCUGGCUCUGCUGCUGCUGCUGCUGCUGCAGCAGCAGCAGCAGCAGCAAUGCCUCUUAAACCUCUACCAGGGGGGCCCCUGCAGCUACCGCAUGCAUCGUACCUGCUGCAGCAGACACGACUAGGGGGCCUCUUCUCUGUGCAGCAACCUCUUGCUGCUUAUGAGGACCCUUUGCUGCUGCCUCCUUUAUUUCCUCAUUUAUCUGCUGCACAGACACCCCAUUUAUUUGCUGCUCCUGCUGCUGCUGCUGCUGAUCCUGCUGCAGCAGCUGCAGCUGCAGCAGCAGCUGUAGCCGCACCGCUAACAGGCGCAGCAACAACUCUUCCUGCUGCUCCGCUGCUUGGUCCUCCUGCAUGUACCGCAGCCGGACCAGCAGCAGCAGCAGCAGCAGCAACAGCAGCAGCAGCAGCAGCAGGCCUUACAGGUUCAGUAGAGGACACCAGUCUUAGCAGCCCAUCUCCAGCAGCAGCAGCAGCAACAGACUCCCCCUCUCCACCAACAGCAACAACAACAGCAGCAGCAGGAACAACAGCAACAACAACAACAACAACAACAGCAGCAGCAGCAGCAGCAGCAGCAGCAGCAGAGAGACAACCUGGUGAACCUUUAGAGAGUUUAGCAGCAUGGUAUAGACGUCGUUAUGGUAGUGGUGGUGGUGUCUCCCUAUCUAUAAACAGCAGCAGCAGCAGCAAUAGCAGCAGCAGCAGUAGCAGCAGCAGCAGUAGCAGCAGCACUAGCACUAGCAGCACUAGCAGCAGCAGCAGCAGCAGCAGCAGCAGCAGUAUAAUGGAUAUACUAAAGAAAUUUGAGUUAAUUUGUGGGGAGAGGAGACACAGCAGCAGGGAAGCAACUAACGAGGAUAUUAUUUAUGUAUAUAAUGAUGUUAUUCGUUCCUUCUCUCCUUAUCAUGUAUUAUAUACAUUUAAUAAAUCUACUCCUCCUCCUGCUGCUCCUGCUGCUCCUGCUGCUCCUGCUGCUCCUGCUGCUGCUAAUGUAGCAGCAGCAACAGCAGCAACAGCAACAGCUAAAUCAGCAAUACCACCACCAACAGCAGCAGCAGCAACAGCAGCAGCAGCAGCAGCAGCAGCAGCAGCAGAUGCGACAUCUACAACAGAUAUACAACAUAAACACUCAAUUGUAGACACUAAAUCAUACCCACUGCAGCAGGGGGCCCCGCAGCAGCAGCAGGGGGCCCCGCAGCAGCAGCAGGGGACACCGCAGCAGGAGGGGGCAGCACAGCAAGGAGGGGAAUCUAAAGAAGAGGGGGUUGACCCCAAAGAGGGGGCCCCCAUAGAGAAAGGGGGGGGCCCCAAGGAAGAGGGGGCCCCUGUAGAGGGAGGGGCCCCUAAGAAGGAAGAUGAGGCCCCUAAGGAAGGAGAGGAGGGGGCCCCUAAGAAAGAAGAGGGGGCCCCCCAUGAUAAAGAAGAGACAGCAACUGUCUCCUUAAUAAAGGAGACACAUGUUAAGGACGCAUCUGCUGCUGAUGAACCUGCUGCUGCUGCUGCAGCAACAACAGCAACAGCAGCAGCAGCAACAGCAGCAACAGCAGCAGGAACAGCAGCAGAAGCAAAGACAGCAGCAGAGGACGAAGGGCAGCAGCAUCAUCAACCCUCAUCAGGAUCCCUUCCCGGUGCUGCAGCUGCUACGCCUGCAGCAGCAGCAGCAGCAGCAGGAACAGGAACAACAACAGGAGGAGCAGCAGGAGGAGGAGCAGCAGGAGGAGGCAGACUGCAGCAGCAGCAGCAGCAGAAGCAGCAGCAGCAGCAACAGCAACAGCAACAACAGCAGCAACAGCAGCAGCAGCAACAACAGCAGCUCAAGACAUAG